GGGGGCGCAGGAGUAUUAUCUUAAUCAUUGUCUUCUUCGUCGGUGCGCUUGCCAUGUUUGCGGAAGCUUGACUGCAGCUAGCUCAAGGCUGGUUGUCAUUUCUUUGACUGUAGCUUCAAGUUGUGUUUUCUUAUAAAAAUGAAUCUACCAAAGGGACCGGAUUCUCUGUGCUUCGAUAAGGAUGUUUUUAUGAAGGAUGACUUUGACGUUGACCAGUUUGUGGCUGAGUGUCGGAAACAGGUCCAGCUGGAAGAACUGAGAGAGGACCUGGAGCUCUACUACAAGCUGUUGAAAACAGCCAUGGUGGAGCUCAUCAACAAGGACUAUGCAGACUUUGUUAACCUCUCUACCAACCUGGUUGGGAUGGACAAAGCACUCAAUCAGCUUUCUGUGCCAUUAGGACAGUUACGUGAGGAGGUUAUGAGUCUGCGGUCCUGUGUUAGUGAGGUGAUACAGGCGAUAGAUAACCAGCUGUUGAAGCACGAGGACCUGCAGAAAAAAAAGGUGUGUGUGAUGAGGCUGAUUCAGGUUGUACGAUCAGUGGAGAAGAUUGAGAAAAUCCUUCACUCACAGAGUUCCAAGGAAUCCAGCUCUCUGGAGAUCAGCAGCCCCUUGUUAGCAGGACAGAUCCUAGAAAGGAUUGCAACAGAGUUCAACCAGCUGCAGUUCCACGCUGUACAGAGCAAAGGCAUGCCCCUGCUGGACAAAGUCAGACCUCGUAUUGCAGGGAUCACGUCUAUGCUGCAGCAGUCUCUGGAGGGUCUGCUGAUUGAGGGCUUGCAGACAUCGAAUGUGGACAUGGUACGUCACUGCUUGAGGACUUACGCCACCGUAGACAAGACUCGAGAUGCUGAGGCCCUGGUAGGACAGGUGCUCGUCAAACCAUAUAUGGACCAGGUGAUAGUUGAAGAAGUGGUAAAGUCCAGUCCAAGUGGUCUUCAGAUGAUGUACUCUAGACUUUUGGAGUUUGUUCCACACCACUGUAGACUGCUCAGAGAGGUGACUGGAGGAGCCAUAUCCAGUGACAGAGCUGACAUAGUGCCAGGUUAUGAUUUCCUGGUGAACUCUGUUUGGCCAGAGAUGGUCAAAGGCAUAGAGGAAAGGUUGGCCUACAUCUUUAACCCUGGAAACCCCGACAUAUUCUACGAGCGUUACAGUGUAACUAUGGAGUUUGUGCAGAGGUUUGAACGACAGUGUAGCUCACAGGCCAGUGUGAAGAGACUGAGAAUACACCCUUCAUAUACAAGCUUCCAGAACAAAUGGAACCUGCCUGUCUACUUUCAGUUACGAUACAAGGAAAUUGCAGGACGUCUAGAGAAUGCUAUUAGUGAUGGAUUGGUGGCAGCACCAGCUGGCAGUGCAUACCACCUGCAGGUAUCUGAGGUGGUGUGGUCCUGCUUAGUGAGAUGUUGGUCAGACAAUGUCUAUCUGUCACCUCUGGCACAUCGCUUCUGGAAGCUUACGCUGCAGCUGUACUCAAGAUAUGCCAAGUUUCUUGAUGAGGUGCUGACUAAGUCUCCGCCCUCUGAGGUGACUAAGGAGCCAACCAGGCCUCUGCCGAGCUCAGCUUCUUCUACAUCUAGCAGAACAUCACUGGAGGAAGGCGGCAGUGAGAGUGGGAGUCCUGCCUCCCUGUCCACCAAACAGCUGGUUUACAUUGCAGCAGACAUCCAAAAACUGCAGGAGCAGAUCCCAGAGUUGUCAGAGAUGGUCAGAAAGCGGUUUGAAGCCAUUGGAUUCAAAAACUUUUCUCUUGUGGAAGAUGCUCUAGCAGACUCCAAGGCUUCCCUGUCAAGCAGCAUUCCCUCUCUGAACACUAGGAUGACCCAGCAUCUGACCGAACGCAGCUGUCGAUUCCUGAAGAGUGCCUCAGAGGUUCCACGACUCUACCGCAGAACUAAUAAAGAUAUACCGGUGCGUGCAUCAGCGUACAUGGAUAAUGCCUUACGCCCGUUACAUCAGUUACUGACUGAUUCGACAGGGCUGGUCACCCCUCACACAGCACAAGAGUGGCUGCGAGUUUCACUGUCUGAGUGCACACAGAAGUACUAUGAGACCAUCUCAGAGGUGCUGAGCUCAGUCAGAAAGAUGGAAGAGAGUUUGAAACGCUUGAAACAAGCCAGGAAGGGUGCAGCCGCGACUACAACAGCAGGAGCAAAUGGUGGACUAACAGAUGAUGGCAAGAUUCGUCUUCAGCUGGCACUAGAUGUGGAAUACUUGGGGGAACAGAUUCAGAAGAUGGGUCUUCAGCCAACUGACAUCUCUAUGUUCUCCACUCUGAUGGAUCUUGUGAAGGAAGCCAGAGAGCUUGCUGAACAAAACCAAUAAAACAGACUCUGCAAUGACUGAAACACUGAUAUGCAGCACUUCACAUCUUCACAUUUCCUUGAGACUUGUGGAGGAUAAAACCUGUCCGAGUCAUGGGCUGGUAAGAGGUGGAAAAUAAUGGGAAGAAUUAACGCUACUGUAAUCAUUUUCAAACAUUUGUACCAAAUCACUUAGUUCAAUGUAAACUUUGGAACUAGGCUGUAAAUUGUUGGCUGACACAGCAUAGAAACUACUGCUGGAGCAUCAGCAGUUCUGGUGUAGGCAAAAUGGAGAAAAGGGACUGGAUGGUACUAUGAUUAUGUAAUUUUAUGUAACUACUGUAUUGUACUUUCACUGGGCCAGAAAGUUGCAUAGCAAGAGGCUCAAAAUAAGUUACAAAGGGAGUACAUUGAUCAUUAUUUGGUGAUGGAUUAAUCUAAGAGAAGUCUGUUAAUUUGUCACGUGUGCAAAACAGUUGUAUAAUAUAAUAUGUUUAACAUGAAGGUAAUGAAGAACUUUGUACAGAA